AUGGCAGCCAAAGGAACAUGUCAUGGCCUAUUGACACACGCUGCAGGCAAUAGUUGGGACACUACGGACUACGGACACCAACAGAAGGCUAACCUUCGACAAUCCGUCAGAUUGCAACGGAAAGCCUGGGUGACUGUGGUAGGAAUCCAAUUUUCAACAUGGCGGCGUCACCAGCAAGAAAUGAGUCAAGGUCAAGUUAUUCCCUGCGUUCAGCUUGGCCACAGAGGGCUCCUCGAGCUGUCAAGUUUCUCCCAGAGACUCACGCUGUUCCCAUUGAAAGUCCUGGAACACCAGCGGACUUUGUCAAGUAAGGAUGGAAGAGAAAUUGUUCCAGACCUUCCCUGGCGACCGAGUCACAGACUCCAUGCUUGGCUCAGCGCGCGUCGUCUGCGGGAGCAAUACUUGCCCGACCCCGCUACUACAAGCUACGUGCGGAUGGCCGUGGAUGGGAAUCUUGCUGGAAAUGCUUUCGCGUGCCGUUGGAAACACGGCGAGAAGAACAUUUGCUGGGUUACUCAGUUGGUUGUUGACCGUAGAUUCCCAAGAAGUACGUGGGUUCUGAUUCUAGUAGGGGGUAUCGAAAAAGCGCCGUUGGGCUUAGUCGAAGCGAACGCCAAAGCAGUCUUAGAAGCUUUGCCAAUACCUUAUAUAAAAAAUGCAAGGUUGUGCGGCUCCCUCUUCAAUCUCGAAGAUUUAACAGGACUCGUUUGCGAGGUCGACACUGGAUUCUUUGUGGAUCACAAGGAGCCCCUGGAGGUUGUAGAAGUGAUCGAGGUCGUCCUCGUCAUCCCAAUCCAAGGGAGACAUUAUACCGACUCAAUCGGUGGCUUACUGCUGAUGAAGGAUUAA